AUGAGUCACCUACUGUGGAAAUACUAUUGGGAAAAUGAUGUCGACAAGUUCUGUCGGCUCCUGGCCCCGGCCGGUUAUUCCCACCCUUCAAAGAGCCCGGGAACCGGAGUAGGCAGUCCCGGCGCAUUCGGCCACUCGCCUCGACUUUCUGUCAAGUCGCGCAAGGUCUCGGCCCAGGGCUCCGGCGCAUACACCAAGGCCGAGAUCAACAGCCGCGACCAUGCCGGGCUGACAAUUCUGCUGCGCGCUGCCUCCUCGACGUCGACCAACGCCAUAGCCUUCAUCGAGGCCCUUCUCGAGCACCCCGCGAUCGACCUGUACGCCCAGGACCCCGAAAGUGGCUGGAAUGCCCUUCACCGGGCGCUCUAUAAUGGUAACAUCUCCGUGGCGCGCAUGCUACUUGAGAAGGAAAGACGGGACUUGACAGAAUCUCUGGGCGCGAACACGGCGACCAAAGUUGGGCAGCUCAUCAAAACCAAAGAUCACGAGGGCAACAGUCCUUUUGAUUUAUACAAUGCGUCCAUCGCCCUGCGGCAGCUGAGGAUGGCAGAGGACAAGGCCGAUGCCGAUGAUGGCUCGGAUAGCGAGGACGGUACCGACGCCGAUGAAAACGGAACCCAUUCCACGAGGACGCAUGGUCUCGGCGACGAGGUCUUCACUUUUGGAAGCAACAAGAACCUCUCACUCGGUCUUGGCGACGAAGAUGAUCGUCAGUACCCUGAACGUAUCUACCUCAAGCGCCCUGACCAUCUCACCCAAUACUUCUAUGACAAGUUCCUCGAACAGCAUAAGAAGGCGCGGGACUUGGAAGAAUCUUUCUUCUUAGAUCCGUCCGAGAUUCCCGCUCUGAUCCAGAACCGCCCUCUUGUCAUACAGGACGUUGUGAUGGCCAAGCUGCACACUGCCAUCGUCACAACAGAUCCCAUUUCCAAUCUGUACAUCUGCGGUGUUGGUCGCGGAGGACGUCUUGGCCUGGGCGAUGAGAACACGCGGUUCAACUUGAUGCCGGUCCUAGGUGGCUUGCUUGACAAGAAAGUCACGCAGGUUGCAUUGGGCUUGAACCACUCCAUGGUAGUCACCUCUACAGGGGAACUUUGGACAUGGGGUUCAAACAGUCUUUCUCAACUUGGCUACGCCUUGCCCCCGCCAAUGAAGCCCGAUGAGGAGCCAAUUAGCACUACACCUCGCCAAGUCUUUGGCACUCUAAAGAAGGAGGUUAUUCUUGGCAUCGCGGCCUCGGCUGUCCACUCGGUGGCACACACCGGAUCGGCGCUGUAUUGCUGGGGAAAGAAUGUAGGCCAGCUUGCCUUGAUGGACGCCGACUCCAGGUCCUUAGAAGUCCAGAGCGGCCCGCGCAGGGUGGCAGCCUCGUUAUUGUCGACUCACUCGUCUAUCGUCAUGGUUUCGGCAAUCGACAGGGCGACGAUAUGCUUGUUCGAGGAUCAUACAGUUUGUGUUUUCACGAACUAUGGCUAUAAUAUGAUCAAGUUCCCGUUCUACGACGCCUUUACCAACUCGCCGCUGCAACGUUCCGGAGGGCUGUCGCUGUCUUCUCGAUAUGACCCUGGUCGCCGCGAGAUUCACAGCAUUACUUCCGGCGGAGAAACAAUUGCAGCAUUGACUGGAAGUGGUGAUCUCUUCACCAUGGUUCUCAACCACAAGGCUGAAGGUAAUUUACCUGCAAUGUCGACAACGAAUCCAGCCAAAAUCAAGGAUGCGGUGACCACACCGCAGCUGGUCUGGAACUCUCGCAAGGACGGUGCCAAGUCCGUCACCGUUGGCGAGAAUGGCACUGUUAUGAUUUCGACGCAGUCAGGUGCAGUCUGGCGUCGAGUCAGACGCACUAAGGCGAAGGACACCAAAUCGUCCGAAACUACGGACGCCAAGCGGAAAGACUUCAAGUUUCAGCGUGUGCCGUAUAUCACUGGAGUGAAAGCCGUUCGAAGCUCAACCUUCGGCGCGUAUGCUGCCAUUCGCAAGGACUGCGACGUCACGCGCGAACAGAUCGAGGUCGAUGAACAGACGCUUUGGCAUGAUCUCGCACCCCUUUGCCCUCUACGUGGUUUCAAAGCCGCCAAUUCGCGAGCUCGCACCAACAAAGACACUUGGAAAUUCCAAAAUCCCGACGUCCUUCGAGGCAACGUUGAUAGCCUAGGUUACGAGAUCCUGACCUGUACAGAUCUGGAGGAAGAUCUGGCGACGCAUCUGAGAAAUUGGGGCUUUAGAAAUGAAAGCCUCGGUCUCGUAGUGCAGACAACUUCAGCUCCCCAGCUUCAAAUACCGCUACACUCAUGGGUACUAGCAGCGCGAAGCCCUGUUCUUCGCACCGGGCUGCAACGGUUCCGAGAAACUGGCAUCAACUACGAGAUACCUGAGAUCCUCACAAUCCGUGAAGGGGAUGGCCUAACCAUCGUCGAGUUCUCCGGUAUUGAUCUCAUUACCCUGCUAAACUUUGUGGUUUAUGCCUAUGUCGACAGGGUGGUCCCUGCUUGGAACUUCACACGCCAGUCGCCUCCUCUCGCCUACCGGUACCGCCAGGUUCGAACAGAGCUGAUGAAGGUCGCCACCAAGCUCAGCAUGGCGAAGUUGGAGUAUUCCGUAAGGAGUCAGAGCAGGCCGACACGCACAAUGCAUCAGGACUACAGGAAAGCCAUUGAGGAUCCUGCGUUCUUUGAAGAUGGAGAUGCCUUGCUAGAGCUAGACGGCGACGAUAUUCCAGCUCAUAGCGCCUUGCUUUGCCAAAGGUGUCCCUGGUUUCAAGGUCUGUUCAACGGCCGGUCUGGUGGUAUGUGGCUAGCCAGCCGCCGAGCUGGUCGGGAAGCUUCAGAGAAGACUCCCAUUGACCUCAAGCACUUCGACCCAGAAUCAUUUCACUAUGUCCUGCAAUAUCUUUAUGCAGACGUUGGCGACGAGUUGUUCGAUGACGUUGUUGCUGAUAGUAUCGACGAAUUCUCCGAAUUGGUAAUGGAAGUAAUGAGCAUAGCCAACGAGUUAAUGCUAGAUCGCCUCUCCCAGAUCUGCCAAAAGACCUUGGGGCGUUUCGUCACAACAAGGAAUAUCUCAACACUUCUCAACAUGAUCAGUCCAUGUUCUGUGGCGGAAUUCAAGGAUAAGGGACUUGAAUAUAUCUGUCUCCAGAUGGAGUCAAUGUUAGAGAACCACCUGCUUGAUAACUUGGAUGAAGAUCUCAUGCUCGAGCUGGACCAAGUUGUUCGAGACAACCAGUUGGCAAGAUGUCCAUUUGCAAAAAGCGGAAGGGCAGAUAUACUUCUACACGAGCGACACCCAGAGCUAUCCGAGGACAUUGAUGAGGAAAGACAGAUACGAGUCAAAUCGAUGGCUUACAAAGCGACUCACAAGGAUGACGAGAAAAAACUAUCGUCCUCGUUUAGGACGAGGUUCGGUAGUUUGGACGACCUCUCAGCUGUUUCACCAACACUUGACCGAAGUAGGCGAAGGUCGAAGGCAACUCGGAAUGAGCCAUUCAGCCCGGACCUUCGGCCCAAGGGCUCAAACGCCGAUCUCAUCUUUGAUAUGGACGAAGAUGAUUCAUCGACGUUAGCAAGUCCCAUGUCGCCUUCACCCCAGCCGCUCGGCUCGUCGUUGAGGAAUGAGCUUGACAGACUCCCUACACUAGAAGAAUCGUGCAGAGACGUCAAAUACAAAGGUAUUUCAAGCCCGCAAGCAAUCGCAAGCUCUCCAGCAGGGGGAUUGUCAAGUUCCAACCUGUCCAAGUCGCCCCUGGAUUUCACAAGGCGUACGUCACAGAACGGAAAGCCAUGGGCCUCUGCAGCUCUCCCAACGAAUCGGUUGGACCUUCGGGAUAUCAUGGCAGAGUCGAAGCCAUCGCAAUCUGCGCUCUCUGCGGGUCUCGCCGCCCAGAAGACACAAAACAAAGCCACACCGCAGAAAAUGUCACAAAAGGAGCGGAAGAAGCACCUGCAACAACAAGCAGACGAGACGGCAAGACAAGAAGCGUACAUGGCUCAACGAGCGCAAUCUGCAUGGACAGAAGUUGGAGAUAAAAAGUCCUCGCCGUGGCAGAGCACGCCCGCCGCACCAAAGACCUCUAUCAAAGAAACCUUGAAUGCGGAUUCCAAAUCUUCGCUUGCUCCACCCGAGACCCGGCCUAUGUUGGCUGGGGAAGGAUCAAAUGCCUCUCUUCCACGCCGAGCUGCGUCUCCUGACACCCGUUUCUCUGGUCAGCAUCGGUCAGGGUCUGCUACACCGCGUGGCAAUGGCAGCCAACCAUCCAGGGUAGAUUCUGGCAAGUCCGUACCGCAAUCGUCACCGUCUCAGCCCAGCCGACCAGAGAAUAAACCUCUCGUGCCGCAUUCCAGGUCAUACAUACAGAGGGCGCCAAAACAAGCCGAGUCUGCGUUCGGGCUUGGUCUUGCUGACAUUAUCGGCCAACAACAACGUGAGCAGGAAAGCGUCAAGGAAGCUGCUGCGAAGAGGAGCCUCCAAGAGAUACAGCAAGAGCAAGCCUUCCAAGAGUGGUGGGAUCAGGAAAGCCGUCGAACACAGGAAGAAGAGGCGCGCAAGUCAGCUCGCGAGAAGAACAAAGACGUGAAGAAACAAGGCACAGCCCGUAGAGGGCGAGGCGGCAAGCCGAAGGGCGGAUCAAACCGCGACCGCGACAACACGGCUGCACCACCACCGGAAGCUCCCAGAGGAGAAAGCGGUGCCAGCAGUUCUAGGGGCCGUGGGAGAAGCCAUAGAGGAGGGAAAGUCAAGGCAUAG